AUGGUCUUGCGGCUGAGAAGGAUUAUUGGUACAAUCUGGGGCCUGUUUGUGUUAUGUCUUCCAGGAUGGGGACUUGAGAAUGAAGAAGUGGAGGUACAGGCCACUGAUCUUUUGCAGCAAAAGUAUAAGCUGCAGCCGACCUGUGGCUUUGAGCCUGGGAUUCAUUUGGUGAAGCUCACCAAGCUAAAACGCCAGUUUGUCUUCAUGGUGCCUCGCAAGGCUGCAAGCAACUCGGGGACUCCAGCCUUCAUGUUCUUUCACGGAGUCUAUCAAACGCCGUGGUUUUCGGUCAAUAUCUUGGGAUUGCCCGAUCUGCUCGAGCAUUAUGGAUGGUUUGCGAUCUUGCCCUGGGGAAAGUACAGGUCCGAGGAUUUCAGCAUGGGAGGCUUGCGUCAAUGCUGCUCUCCCCUUUGCGAUUCAGAUGAGUGCUGCCUCGCUUCCAAAGAGAUUGCUAUGAAGGAUCAUGCAUGCGGCUUUUGGCCAAAAGAUUUGCAACAGAACCUGGCAAUGGUGGACGCGAUUUUUGAGUGGAUGGCAUCCAACACCUGCAUUGACACUUCAAAGGUCUUCGCUGGUGGCUUUAGCUAUGGCGGCUACUUCACGCAAGACUUGGCGUGUUUGAGGAGAUGGUUUGUAAAAUACAUGGAGCGUUGCUCGUUGCUCGUUGUUUUCUUUCUACUAUGGCAACUUCGAGGAUCUAGCUCUUCCCUAUUGCAUUACCCAAUUACACUGUAA